CAACAAAAAAAUGUGUCUCGAAAAUUAAAAAAAAAUGUGUCAUUCUUUGCUAGCUGUGAAAGAGUACAGAGCGUUUCCUUGUAAAAUUCAAAGAUGGUACGAGCAUGGCACAUGAACGAAGUUACCGAGGAUCAGAGGAAACCUCAUAUGACAGAUCCACCACAAUUCGUCACUUUGGAUCAACUGAAGGAUCUAGGAGUUUUAUAUUUUGGGAUCAGCUCUGACCCAGCUAAAGCCGAGGAGCAGGUGACUAAGUUACGAAAGGACCGUGGCUACACCUACCAGGAUGAGGUCAUAUGUAGCAGGGAAAAACUACCCAACUACGACGAGACGUUGAAGACUUUCUUCACGGAGCAUCUGCACUCAGACGAAGAGAUUCGCUAUGUUACAGAGGGCAGUGGGUACCUCGAUGUCCGCGACAAAAAUGACAAGUGGAUCCGAAUUGAAGUGGUUCCGAAUGUCUUCAUCAUUUUGCCGGCUGGCAUUUAUCAUAGAUUUACGCUUGACGAAAAGAACUACAUAAAGGCUCAUCGUUACUUCGUUGGGGAACCCGUAUGGACCGCCCACAACAGACCAGCCGAUGACAUGGAGAUACGAAAAGAAUACAUCAGAAACCACCCAAACGCAGGUUAAACCGAACCUGCUUCUAAACUGCCCGAUAAUAGUUUAUUUUAAAUGGACUGACUUGUGCUAAUACUAUGUAUC